CACACGUGCCUUAAGCUUGGUUUCAAUACGGAUGCCGCUUUUUCAAUUCCUAUGUUUCUUCACGUGACCACGCGACAGGUGGAGUACAGAAAACAGAAUACCAACCAUACAAUGGGAGGUAUUUGACAUAUAUAAGUGCCGGUUCUCGUCUGUCUUUCCUUUUCUUGUCAGUCCGUUACACGCAACUGAGGGACUAACUGUGUCUAUAUUUCAUCAAAGUAUACAGUCUAGGCCCAGCACGAUCACGGUGCUACCGAAGGAACAAAUUGCAAACCCAAGCUUGGGAUAUACGGAACACACAUCAGAAACAACCUUCGAAGCUAUGUAUUUGAGUGGACAAGAGGGACAAGGAUGCCGGCAACCCGCCGAGGGUAUUCAAGUACCUCUUGCUCGUUCGUGCUCGAGGAAAGGAGGGGAGCAUCAGAAUGACCUUGCUCCACUCUUCCGUCUCCCAGACGAGAUCCUCGUGGAAAUAAUAAAGCACGGCGGUGAGACGAAGAUAGAUGGGAGAGGUGAUAGUUUGGAGAAGACAGUGUCGCAUGUGUCCAUGCGAUGGCGAACUAUAGUCAUCUCUAAUCCGUCACUAUGGACCCAUAUCUCUGUGUGCCCGGAGGAAACACCAUCAUUCCUUCUAACGCGUGUUCAUCGUUCUUUGGAUAUACCUAUUGAUGUCGACAUAUGUCCUUGGCCAACACCGUUCCCCAGAGCUGCACCACAGUCGUUACUUGUUCAACUGAACAUCAUUCUCCGUUUUGCAAGUCGGUGGCGCUCACUCACUCUUCGGUCUGGACUGGUGGAACCGAUGUUCUCUUUUGUUUUGCUUUAUUUUACGCGUUACGGAACAUAUCUACCAUCCCUCGAAUGUGUGAGGCUAUGUGGUUCUAAUAUGCAUGUCCACCUUUGGUCGCGGGCCCUCUUUUUCGACGAGCCUUGCACUCCAAGGCUUUCCACCCUCGAGGUUACCAACAUGAAGAUACGUCCUGCCAUAAAUGCCUGCAACUCGACAAUCACCACUCUAGUCCUUACAAAAGAUAUACCAUCAGAGAUUGUAAUUACAACUUUCAACGAUUUCAUGCGUGUUUUCGCCUCAUUUCCUUUCCUCGCCUCAUUGGUAACCUACGGUCUCGUGGUCGACAUUCCCUCACAUCAGUCGUUCACUGACAAUCACCAGUACCCCACCCUCCGCACCCUAGGCAUCCAUCGCAUCGAUGACGCGCGUUUUUCCUCGUUGAUCGUCACUCUUGCAUUAAUGUUUCCCGGCGUUACACACCUCAAUUUGACAGGGCCGCAGGCUGCUUCCUCGUUACUCGAGGCUGUACGACAAUUAUCUGUAGAGCAGAUAUGGCCAGGCCUCCAGAAACUCGUGCUGAAUACUUCAAUUAUUGGCCAUGGAUGGUCACAAAUCCAUCCAUUCCUUGAAACGCAUAGUGGUGGGGACGGCAAAGAUAGGGUAUACUGACAAUAAGGAUGGUGAAUUCAUCCCGUGGUCAUGGAGGACGGGACGCUAAAGUGAUGUAGUGUCGCGUUUUCAACA